UCGACGCGUCGACGCGUUGUUUGGACGCGCUUGCCCAAUGAUGUCUGUAUCGAUUUCACUGUACUUGGCCUGCACCGUCAUAAUCCUGCUCAGGGCCCGCGAUAGAGUGGGGUGUGAAGCAAUAGCAAUCUCCCAUUCUAAUUGUCUCUUGCCUUCGGCACUCGAGCAAGUUCCAGAAGGUUCCAUCCACCGCCACAUUACUGCCACACUUUCCGCACUGCUUCUUACCACUCAAACAUGCCUUUGAACUACAGCAAGUGGGACCAGUUGGAGGUACGCUGAUCAAUUCGUCCUCUUGUUACUCGUAUAAUUGCCCUCUCAGCUUUCGGACGAUUCGGACAUCGAGGGCCACCCGAACGUCGAUAAGCGCUCUCUCAUCCGGUUGGGAUGCUGUCCAUCUACCGUCAACCUGGCUUACUGUCUCUUAGUUGGAAACAAAGGGAUAUACAUGAGAAGCGAGAGUUGCGCAAGAACAAGAUCGACCAUCUUAAUGCCCAGAUCGCAUGCAACAAAGUCCUCUCUCCCCGAAUUGAGGACAUUCACGCGAAGCUCACAUCCGCGGACUUGGACAAGCCCCAAUCUGUUUACUUCAACUCGCUUGUUGAACAGCUGGAAACCAAUCCGUCGAAAGAGUGUCCUCCAGGAAAUAAUCCGGACAAGCUCGAGCACACGUACGAUGGAAUGAUCCUUUCUCUUCUCCGCCAGGUCGCAGAUAGCGCGAAGGCAGAGGUGAAGAACGCUGGCGUUUCUGCGGACGAACGCGAGCAGCGGCUUGGGAAGGCGCUUGCCAACGGGUUGGGCAAGCACAUUGUGCAACUCAAGGAGACCAUCGCCAACGAUGAGAAGACGGUGAAGGAAGAACUUGCAGAGCAGAAAAAGCACAUCACAAGUGAAGAUAUGCACGAUGGAUUCGAUACCAAGUAUGUGCCGCCUAAGCCGGCCCCUGCACCGCAUCCGAUCGCGGCCAAGAUGGAUGCGCCGCCCGCGAAGAAGUCGACUACGACUGAAUACGAGGUAAUCAACUCACCGAAAGGAAAAGAGAAGGAGGACACGGAGGACGAAGAGCUUGAAGACGACAUCGCCAAUCUCACACCAUCACUCGAUGCUUUCUCUCGCAUUCCUCUCCAAGACUUUGAGAAGUCUUUCCGCUUCAUCCAGGAGCACAGGGAUGUCGUUGUUCCCGGUGCUUCCGAUGCUCUCCUGGGAGCCGGUUUCAAAGCUCAAUACGAGAACCAGCCCAAGUAUGCUAAGCAAUGCGUUCAUCAAAGCUUGUUACUGCAAUAUGGCGAGAAGCUGGGCGCCGAUGGGUUGGGUAUAUUCUUCAAGAAAAUGAUAUCUGGGGACAAACGAGCACAGAUGGUCUUUCUUGAUGAUGUCGAGAAGACGUACGCACAUCUCGAGAACCGCGUCAAGACUUCCAAGGAGGAAUCCCAGAAGGGGAAGGAGACUAUCAUGCUGGCCACAGAGAACGAGGGCGACAUCUCAUUCAACGUGCCGUCCGGUCCGCCGCCCGACGAGCUUGUGCUUGGUGAAGGAAUGGAGGAUAUGGACCUAGAGCAAGUCCGGGCCGCACUCCAGCUUCGUUGGGACGUCUUCCAAGGACUGCCUUUGGACCUUCAGAAAGCCCUGCAGACUGAGCAGCUCGCUGAGGUCAACAAAGUCUUUGGAGCCAUGGAAGUGGAGGAAGCCGAGGACAUCCUCCAGCGGCUGGAUAUGUCUGGUAUCAUCCCAUUCUCCGAGAGUGGUGUGCGAGAUGAAACGGGAGCCGAUGUUGAUUGAAAUUUACAAAGUCAACGUCUGUAGUCUCAAUCUGUACUGUAUUUGUGGUCUGAGUAGUAUUCGAGCAGUUAUGUAAUUCUUCUCAUCAAUGAUCAAAUCAAUAUGUUCCCACGUGGUA